AGCUGUCAUUGGUGGUCAUUUAAAGAUGGCGGAGUGCUUGGCUGCACGUUUGGCCGCUCAGGAGGAGCAAAUUUUGCUCCUCACCAGGGAAAUAUCCACGCUCCGGGAUGGACUGGGUCAAGGUCUAGACGCCGCCGGUCUCGCGGUGGUCUCUCCGGAGCUGGAGAACCUGCGGACGGAGAAUGAGAAGCUCAGGUAUCGGCUGCUGCACCUCCGGCGGGGUCUUCAGGCGGAGUUGGAGCUGGAGGAGGCGCGGGGCAAGAGGCAACAAGGAGCCAAGUGUGACAAAGCUCCGCAGAAAAUUACCAGCAAACCUCCGCAGACAAACAACCGAGCUGACAAUAACAAGGUGGCAACUGUGAGUACAAAAACAGGUGAUGGGAACAAGAAAGAGAAGAAACACGACAAGGUGCAAGGAGAUGGAGGCAUGAAAGAGCUGAGUCCCUGGCCUGAAUACAUUGCAGAGCGUCUCAGUCUUUAUGAGGAACUAAAGAGAGAGAGCGAUGCCCUGCAGUCAAAAAAAGCUGCAGACAGUAAGCCCAUUACAGUGGAGCUCCCAGAUGGGAGAAAGGUGGAGGGCAAAGCUUGGGUCACUACUCCAUAUCAGCUGGCCUGUAAUAUCAGCCAGGGUCUUGCUGACAAUGCUGUGAUUUCUCGGGUAAAUGGGGAACUGUGGGAUCUGGAUAGGCCUCUUGAGCAGGACUGCUCACUUGAGAUCUUGCGCUUUGACAAUGAGGACGCUCAGGCUGUGUAUUGGCAUUCCAGUGCUCACAUCCUGGGGGAGGCAAUGGAGCGCUUUUAUGGGGGUUGUUUAUGUUAUGGACCUCCCAUAGAAAACGGUUUCUACUACGACAUGUUCCUGGAUGGACAAAAGGGUGUGUCCAGCAUGGAGUUUGGGGACCUGGAAGCUUUAUGUAAAACUGUGGUGAAGGAAAAACAGCCCUUUGAGAGACUUGAAGUCAGCAAGGAGACACUACUAAAAAUGUUUAAGUACAACAAAUUUAAAUGCCGCAUUCUCAAUGAGAAAGUCACCACCCCAACUACUACAGUCUAUAGAUGUGGACCCUUGAUUGACCUGUGCAGAGGUCCACAUGUCAGACAUACAGGCAAGAUCAAGGCCAUGAAGAUCUACAAGAACUCUUCCACCUACUGGGAGGGACGCUCUGACAUGGAGACUCUGCAGAGGCUCUAUGGGAUAUCCUUCCCAGACUCAAAGAUGUUGAAGGAAUGGGAACGUUUUCAGGAGGAGGCCAAGAACAGAGACCAUCGCAAGAUUGGAAAAGACCAAGAGCUCUUCUUCUUCCAUGAUCUCAGCCCAGGCAGUUGUUUCUUCAUGCCACGGGGAGCUUACAUCUACCACACACUGACAGAAUUCAUCAGGGAUGAGUACUGGAGAAGAGGCUUUCAGGAAGUAGCCUCCCCCAACAUUUAUAACAGCAAACUGUGGGAGACAUCUGGCCACUGGCAGCACUACAGCGAAAAUAUGUUCUCCUUCUCUGUGGAAGAUGACAUAUUUGCUCUGAAGCCAAUGAACUGCCCCGGGCACUGUCUGAUGUUCAGCCACAGGCCUCGCUCAUGGCGAGAGCUUCCGCUGAGGCUGGCAGAUUUUGGGGUCCUACACAGAAACGAGUUGUCAGGAGCACUAACCGGGCUGACCAGAGUGCGCCGUUUCCAGCAAGAUGACGCUCACAUUUUCUGCACAAUGGAUCAGAUCAAGUCAGAGAUGAAGGGCUGUCUGGACUUCCUCCGCUGUGUUUACGAUGUAUUUGGAUUCUCAUUCCAGCUUCACCUCUCCACUCGCCCAGACAAGUAUUUGGGUGACAUUGCUGUGUGGAAUCAAGCUGAGAAGCAAUUGGAAAACAGCCUGAAUGAGUUUGGAGAGCCAUGGAGACUGAACCCUGGUGACGGUGCUUUUUAUGGACCCAAGAUUGACAUUAAGAUCAAAGAUGCUAUUGGACGUUACCACCAGUGUGCAACCAUUCAGCUGGACUUCCAGCUGCCCAUCCGCUUCAAUCUGACCUUUGUGGGAAAAGAUGGGGAUGACAAAUCCAGACCAGUCAUUAUCCAUCGUGCCAUUUUAGGCUCAGUGGAAAGGAUGAUUGCCAUUCUGACAGAGAACUAUGCAGGGAAAUGGCCUCUGUGGCUCUCUCCACGUCAGGUGAUGUUAGUGCCUGUCAACCCAUCCUGUGAGGAUUACGCAAAGAAGGUGUGUAAGCAGUUUACAGAAGCUGGUUUUAUGGCAGAUGCUGAUCUGGACUCCAGCUGCCUUCUAAACAAGAAAAUCCGCAAUGCUCAGCUGGCACAGUAUAACUUCAUUCUUGUGGUUGGAGAGAAGGAGAAGAUGACUAACAGUGUCAAUGUGCGCACAAGGGACAACAAAGUCCACGGAGAACUACCGGUGUCCGAGGUGAUGGCACGCCUGACCCUGCUCAAACAGUCUCGCUGUCAAAAUGCAGAAGAGGAGUUCUGAUCUAGGCAGACAGCUUGGAUUUUAAUACUUCAAACAUGAAACGG